AUGCUUGUUCCACGCUCUUUCAAGUACUCUUCAUCACCGCCCAACUCCUCUUCUCCGCCACAAAGACGCUCUUCGACAAAGUCCACCUUCCUCUCAACUUCGCCCCCACUGUCCGACGCUGCUUCCCCUUGUAGCCUCCCACCAUCACACACACCCUGGAUCCUCACGCCCGCCAUGCCUUCAACACUGCUGCCAUCGAGACCCGUCGAGAUCCCAAGUCGACGGAGCCCCAGAGAACCAAAAAACUCCAGCUACAGUUGCGCCUCGCUGGACAUGCUUCUUGGAUCAGCCGACGAAGACGACUACGACCACAUGUAUUCUUCAAGGUCAACUUCGUGUGACUCGAUCCCCUCUCUGGAUGACGAGGCAUCAGUCUUGUCCGUCAGCAAUCCCGCCACUCCUGACUCUAUCCGAAGCCGCAAGUCUAGCAUGGGCAGUUAUCGCAAGGAGAAGACUCUCUACACCCCCGAGAUCCAAGACUGCAGUGUUGACCACCCGCUUGGUCUGUCGACUCUGGAGUUCGACGAGGAUCUCAUCUUCAUCCACUCACCAUGCUCAAAGGAACGCAAGCAACGAAAGUCUGGUGGUUUCCGUUCCAACCUGAGUUCAUCGCUCCAGGCCAUCAAGUCUCGCGUGACUUCUUCAUUCUCGUCACUGAACUUGAACUUGGACGACGACUCUUUCUCUGAUGCUUCGCUCUGGCAACACCCUUAUCUCUUCCCAAGAAUGAGCUCCGAGCUUAGACCUAACCCCUUUACCUCGACUCCCUCCAAGUCACAUCGCCAGUACCUGAACCCUCGUUCGGCUCCGGUUCCCUUUGAAGAACAACAGCACCACUGGCAAAAGGCUCUUUCGUCUCUGGACUCGCCUGACAACGAAAUUCUCGAAGCUCCCAUGAUCCAGAUGCAAACUUACAACAAGCGCGCUUCAUCUUCCCCACGCCGCUCGCGCCGCAAUUCGAGCACCGGCACACCAGAUGCUCGUUCGGAAGCCGGCCGUGCCAUGUCUGGGCACGCACCCAUGCCGUCCAGGCAACGCGAACCUCGCGAAAACAGCGACUUCCUCCGUGUCAUAGUGCUCGAGAUGAACAUGAGACGUGGCGGCAAGUUCGAAGAGGGCGCCAGCGGACGUGCCAAAAUCUGGCUACCACCACGCAAGCAGCCUGUCACUCGCAACAAUGGCUUUUCCGACGACGACGAUGAAGACGAGAUUGUUUCCGUUGGUGGGUCCAGAAUCACCACUAGAAAGAUUCCUCGUCGCUGGGUGCCAGUUUCUAUCGAGUAA